AAGAAGCAGAAGCAACAGGCAACUGAAGUACACAGGACACACGACUCUCACAGCUUUCAGUCUAGUCAGCAUGGCAUCUUCAAUGAUGGAUGGAGUUGGGAAAGCUGUGGUGGGAGUCUGGCGGGCACACACAGUCCUGGAUGAGUCUGACGGGGCAGAGAGCUCCCCUGAAGCCCCAGACCGUUUCCGCAAGCUCCGCUCCUCGUCUUCACUUAACUCUCUGCGAAUGUCUUUGCGCAAGCGGCUCCCUCUACGUUCUGUCCAGACAAACUCCCUCCCUGAAAAUCCGACUUGGGAAACCCUGAAGGAGCAACCAAAACCCAGCACAGUCCGCAAACUUACUCGCAGUGCUCGGAACUCCAUCAGUGGAGUGUGCCAGAGGCUGCAGAGGACCAGGGAGUUUUCACGUGAGGAGUGUUUGGUAGCCACCCCAGGACGGACAUGUGAUGGGGAAGACGCUGGUGCAUCAACUUCUCAUACCCCAAGACGUACACCUGGUCGAGCUGCAACACCGAGACGCACCCCCAGAUCAGCAGCCAAACCCGGGCAUACUCCAGGCUCUAGAGGAAGAAGGACUCCUGAGGCUGGUGUACGGGGGGUGAAAACAGGAGGAGGCAGGAGACAGCUGGUCCGCAUGGCUGCAUUACGAAGUCCCUUUGCCUCACCCAACACACAGAAUCAGAGGAUAAAGUUUGACCGAGAUUUGGAGUCUGUGUCCAGUGGACUGAAGAGACUCAAAUAUCUGUCCAAGGCCUUUGAUGACAUAAUUGGCAGAGACGACAGACCCAGUACAGGGGGUCGUUCUGGAGGAGCAAUGAUGAGAAAGUUGGAUCCCAGCGGUAAACUGAGUCGCUCAAACCUCACACGUCGAGCCACAAACUUCUCGAACACAAUUGGAGGUUGGGCCCACGCAGCUGUGAACACUAUUAGCAAACCCAACUGAACUACAUGCAUGUGUGUAUGUAAAACACAGGACCUUAGCUAUGUUUCACAUUUAUCAUUAUUGAGGUAUUUACAUGUAGUAUUGUCAUGAUAUUGGGAAACUGUUACGUGGCAGCUUGUUUUUUCUACCUAUGCUGUGUGUAAUUAGCAGCAGUAUGUAUAUCAUGUUUACUUGUCUCAGGUUAGCUAGUUGUGGGUAAAAUAUCCUCAUUGUAGCUAUCAAAGGGAUUUCUGUAUUGCGUAUGUACCUGUCAUAGCUGCUACAACCAAAUGUAUUAGUUACAUUUUCAAAAUACUAAUAUUGUCGUUUGUAUUCAUUCUCUCUGCGUAGAAACUUUCUGCUAGUGUCUGAACUCUACUUUAAAAGAAAUGCUGCAUGAGACCAAAAUUGUAUCUGCAGAACUAACACUAAAUUUACUGACAGGGGGAGAUGCAUUUUCCUCUACUUUAUUUGUAUGCAAUGAUGUCACUAACAUUUGUUAUGCCUUUUUUAAAUGUCAUUUGAUUAUGCCAUAUUGUAAAGUGUAUUUUCUAUGAAAGGGGAUUUUUUUUUUUAAAUAUAGUAUUUGAAUGGGAUUUGAUAGGUCAGCACUUUUGAUGGCCUGUGGAUGUUUCAUGCACCAAUACUGUAUACAUAAAUCAUCUGAUAAUGUGAUGGGAAAGAUGUAAUGGCUCAUUACCUGAUGAUGCUAUAAAGCCAUAUCCACCAGGUUAUUCGUGUAGUGAAUGUCAAGCAAACAGCCUCAAAUGAAGCAAAAUGUCUCUCUUCUGCCAAAGCGAGAUAUUGUGUCCAAAUGUGAAAAAAAAAAC